AUGGACUCAACGCAUGAGCUCAAGCCGUUGCGGAGCUUGGUUCAUUCUGCCCUCGUUGCGGUCACGCGCUCUGUCAACACUCUCGCAAACGAAGACCUCCGGUUCCAGCGAACUGUCCAUACCUCGGUUGCGACCCGCCUCGACCAGAACACCGAUCGCAUUCUCAAGUUGGCGGAUGGAGUCCUCAAAUCUGCCAGCCGGUUCACCGCACAGAGACGUCCUAAAUUAGACGAUGUAGACGAUGUCGAGAUUCAAUGGAAGGGCGUGGUGGAUGUGAUCGACACGCUGUUCGAGAAAUCGGAUACCUGCCUCGACGAGUACACUGGGCUAGUGAAGAAAAAAGAUGCCCCUGCCGCCGAAUCUGGUAGUGACCUAAAACGGGCCAAACCAACCAAUACCGGGUUGGCUUGGUCUCUCAGGCGGGCAAAUAUCCUCAAGCCCCAAUCCAAUUUCGAGAAAAAGCCACAGGAUCCGGAAUCAGGCCCAUGGAAACCCCAAGUUACCGCUAAGCCUCACGCACAAGUCCCUUUGGCAGCUAGUUUUGUGACAUUCGUCAACGGGGGAGGGCAUUCCCAGUAUAAGCAUCCAUACGAGCACGAAAUCGCUAGCAUGAGGUAUCCGGCAGAAGUUUACCAACGCUGCGAACCCACGAAGUAUCCGCCAAUAGAUCACACACAAGCUGUAUGGGUGGACACUUUUGAGGAUGUUUUGGAAAUGUUGGAGGAGCUGAAGAAAGCCAAGGAGAUUGCUAUUGAUCUAGAGCAUCACGACUACCGGUCUUACAAUGGACUUCUUUCGUUGAUGCAAAUCAGCACGCGGGAUAAGGACUGGAUAAUUGACACCCUUGUGCCGUGGAGACACAAGCUUGAAGUGCUCAAUGAGGUUUUUGCAGAUCCAAAAAUUGUCAAGGUUCUUCAUGGUGGUUUCAUGGACAUCAUCUGGCUCCAACGUGACUUGGGGUUGUACGUGGUCGGGCUGUUUGAUACCUUUUACGCUAGCGACACGUUGGGCUAUGCGAGGAAAAGUCUUGCUUUUUUGCUCAAGAAGUUCGUUGAUUUUGAUGCGGACAAGAAAUAUCAGCUUGCCGACUGGCGCAUAAGACCCCUCCCUCAGGAGAUGCUUUACUACGCCCGAUCCGACACCCACUUCCUUCUCUACAUUUACGACAUGGUGCGGAACGAGCUUGUGCAGCUAGCCUCGCAAAACGACGGCACGAUGAAUCCCAUCGACCGUGUCCUCGAGAAGUCUAAAGAAGUGUCUCUACAGCGCUAUGAACAUCCAAUUUGUGACGCAGAGACGGGCGUGGGAAAUCGCGGCUGGUUCAAUACGCUAGUCAAAUCACCAGCUUUGUAUAACGGGGAGCAGUUCGCCGUUUACAAAUCGGUAUACAAGUGGCGGGAUGAUCUCGCACGCAAGGAGGACGAAAGCCCGACCUUCUUCAUGUCCCAGCAAGCCAUCAAUGAGAUAGCACGCAUCUUACCUACGGAUCGGAUGGCCCUCUGGAACUUGCUGGGGCCCAAUGCCCAUAUACUCCGGUCCCGUGUUGACCAGCUUUUCGAAGUCGUUCAGGCGGCCCGGAGGAAUGGCGUGAAUGGACCGACAAAGUUGCAGUUUUUUACGCAAUUCUCCUCAGAAACCGGACCAACACAACAACAACAGAAACCUGCCGCAGAAGGAGACAACAAGCCACUCGAGAUCGAAGAACUCAAGAGUAGUCGUUCUCAGUUGUGGGGUGACAUGGCCAUCAACUCUGCCCUCGAUGGGACAUCUAAACCUCGCCCGAUGGACGAAAAGGACUUGAUUCCGCUCUAUAGCUUCGACUUUGGUGCCGUUAGGGAAGAGCUGCCGGACGGUCCGACACCAUCGCCCCACGAUGCCGUUGAGAAAGCCCCAGGGGUUCGUGCCGUUUUUGAGGACGAAGGCUUCACACUUAGAACUGGGAAAAAGCGGAAAGCCAGCAGUGAAUCCACCAAAUCUUCAAGCGCAAAAGCUGGGAGUACGCCCCCCGAAACUGAUGAAUCCGGACGAACGGUGCUGCCUGACGCAUCGAUUUCCGACUCGGAGAGCAGCAACACGGAAGCAUUAGAGGGGGAUACUGAUCUACCCUCUUCCAGCGGAAAGAAUGCCGGUCAAGCGGAGGCCAAGCGCGCCAAGCACGAGGUUGAAGUCCUUCGGAACAAGAUGGGGGCGACAGCAUCCCAACAGCUGAAGGCGCAAGCAGGUUCCGAAGACCAUUCGCAGUUGCAGGCUCAAGCGCAAGCCCACGACGAAGUUCCGUUCGAUUAUGCCAACGCCUCGUCCGUGCUGCGAGCCCCUUCAAAGGGUGACCACAACAACAACGACGGCAGCGGGGGCAAGGGUGGUAAAGGCAAAGGCAAACGUGGCGGCAAGGCGGCGUUUGACCCAUAUGCCAAAAAGUCAGGGGACGCGCCGCAGGGCGCUAGGAAAUUGAAUUAUGAGCGGGCUGGACGGACGGCGACGUUUAAAAAGUGA